AAAAUAAUAAGAAUGGGUGUAAGUUGUUCAAAUAUGAAAAAUCAAAAUGUAUUUAAUAUAAUGGAACUGCCUUAUAAGUAUAUAGUUAAAAAUACUUAGUAUUCAUGUAAUGGCAUAUAUCUGGUCUGAUAAUGGACAUAAUUUAUUUGAUUAUGAGAGUGAUUCACUAGUAAAAAAAUCAAUAGACUUUGAUUUUUAAGGUAUUUUGGAUAAAUAUAUAAGGAAGAGUAGUUUAAUUAGAUCGAGAUAUUUUGGCUUUAACAAAAAAUGUAAGAAUAUUUAUAGAAUAUAAAGGAAGUAGUAAGGAAUGAAAGAGAAAUCUUUGAGUUUCGUAGUAAUCAGAAAUAAAUAGAGUUAUAUAAUUCUAAGAUAGAAAAUGCAUUUUGGAAAGUGAUUCGACCAAUAUAAGCAUCAGACUUACCUACAUUAGACCGUCAAAAAUUAAUGACAAAUACUACAAUAAAAUUAGGAAGAGUUAAGUUAACAGUUCUUGAUUAUAGUUUUGCAUAUGAAUAUGAUGAUGGAGGUGUACCUGAUGAAUUUGAAGAAAAGAAUAAAUUAAAUGACAGUGGAUGUGUAGAUGGAUAAGUUUAAUGUAGAUUUUGUUUAAGUAAAUUGGCAACACUUGAAAAUCCCUUUAUAAGUCCAUGUAAAUGUAUUGGUUCCAUUAAAUUUAUACAUUUAAAAUGUUUAUAAAGUUGGAUAAAUAGUCAAUUAAAAACUAAAACAUAAAAUGGAGUAACUUUAUAUUAUUGGAAAAGUAUGAAAUGUGAACUAUGUAAAACUAUGUAUAAAAGUAAUUCUAAAUAUCUUAAUAUUAGCAUCAUUUAAAUUUAAGUCUAUUCAAUAUAAUAUAUGUGAUAUCAAUAAACCAAAAGAACCUUAUUUAUUAUUACAAAUUAAUCAUAGUGAUAAAAAUAAAGAGUAAGGUUUAUAUGUAAUUGAUAUUAAAACAAGAGAUACUAUUAAAAUUGGUAGAACAUAAGAUUGUGAUAUUAAAUUACAUGAUAUAUCUGUUUCUAGACAUCAUGCUAGUAUACUAGUAAACCAUUAAGAAUAAUCAUUUCAUAUAGAAGAUAAUUGUUCAAAGUUCGGAACACUAGUAUUAGCAUAAGAAGAAGAUUUGUAGAUCUAAUUAAACUCUCCAAAAAGAGUAGCUUUGUAAGUUGGUAGGAUUGUAAUUGUUGUUACGAUAGAAAAAAAAAUCAAUAAAAAAAGGUAUCUAAAAAAUUUCUAUUAUUUUAGAAUUAAUAAAUAUAGAGUACCUCCAUAAUUUGAAGUUUUUAGAUAAAUUAAAUAACAUGAAGAUGAAGAAGAAUUUUAAUCAGCUGAAUAAUAAUAAUAAUCAGAUGUUGAAGAUAUUGUAAUAAAUGAUCCUACUUUUGAUAAAGAUUAAGAUAUGAGUAAAUUUAAAAACAUGAACUUUUUAACUGGAAGUAUUAUUUAAAGAGACUAUUAAUGA